AACUGUGUGUGUGUGCAAAGUAGAAACGAAAGAAAACGUCCGAGUGCGCAAGAUUUAUGUACAAACUUCUUCGUUUUCAUCUGAAACUUUGAUAAAACUUGGCGCUGUGACUCGCAAUAGGCAAUUUUAUGAUUAUUCUUCUGUGUCCAUCGCGUGGAGAAAGUGAAUAAUAAUUGGUACAGUGAAAUACUCAUCGUUGAGAACAACGUCGCCUACCGCAGUAGCACAGUUCUAAGCAAAUCAGGCCACACUGUUGGAUUGCACCCCCCUCUCUCCACAGUCAACCAGAAAGGAAUCAGAAUUGCUUGUUGAGGUGACGAGCCUGUUGUGAUUUAUGUUUCGCAGUGUUUCAAUUGCUUGCAUGUAGUGUGUUUUUUUAAAGGAAAAAGUGAAAAUACUUGAUGCCUGACGUCGAAGAGUCAUUGUCAUAAAAAAGAUUAUGAGGCAUGAAAAUCUCCUCUGCUCGAUGAAGCAAUAAUCUACAGUUCGAAAGUAUUGUUUGAGUGUUCACAAUAGCAAAUCACCAGUUAAGCGGCUGACCAAAUUUGGUUCGAAAUCAAAACACAGGAGAUCUGCAUCCACAGUGUGUGUACUGCCACCAAACUGCCACCGUACGUUUGUGUAAAAGCGUUUUGACUUGCUUGAUGACAAAGUGAUUCAUUCAUUAUUGAUUUGCGGGAAUUUGUGGCAAGCAAAUUGUUCAUCGCACGCCAAUUCAUCAUUUUCAAACAUCCGACUCUUCCUUCUUGGAAGCGAUUGAAUUCGUUCCCGCAAAGGAAAAGCUAAAUCGAAAGAAUCGUUGUUCAGCGCACACAGGACUCUCGUGUAGAGCCACUCUACAAGUAUUCGUCCUGGGUGCUGUCUACAGUUGGGAUCUGAACAUAGAACACACCGUUCCUCACUAUUGUUCUCGUACUCGACAGUGUUCCUUUGAGCAGAGUUAAUUUAAAGAAGUUAAACAAUUAAAGUGGAAGGUUUCAUAAUGCUCUUUGAAGAUCUCACAUAAGCUGUCGAACAAACUAUCAACGAGAUGCAUGCAUUUCGCGCCCGGCCAGGGGUGCUAGUGUCCCCAUGAAGAGAUUCGGCACAGUGACGGAAUCGGCCUUCGAUAAAUGUUGUGUGGUAAAGUGAAGUGAUUGAUUAGAAACAGUAAAGAAAGCUUAAUAAAGUAAGUGUUGCCUGCAGACGCUUAAAAAGGCAAGGUGAAUUCUAGUCAUUUGUGAACAAUUCGUAAGUAAUAGAAACAUCCAAGUGACCACAUGAACGGAAUGUCGAUGACAUUGUACUGAAACGGGAAAUAAAAAAAUCAUCAUCAUCAUCUAGUAGAAAAAUAAUAAUCUGUGACUGUAAACAGUUUAUCAAUUAUUGAACAGUGUAAAAGUUUUUAAAAAUUGAUGUUACCAUUUGGAGGAGAACUUAAAAGUCAGUCAGGCAGCAGAGGUGUGCUGGUGCGUUAGAAGAAAAUCAAACGUUAUCGUGGGCGCGUAGAGCCGUGCUUUAUUAUCAUUUGAGCUGGAACAACAUCGGACCGAUACGGUAUAGAUAGACGACAGAUAGGCAGAUUGGCAGCAAGAGGCACACACCAUUACUACGCAUACGGACCUUGUAAGCGAUCCACCUUAGACACUGGAAAUGCAGUAGCUGUUAUGAAGUGUGUCUAUGCUGUUGAUGAACGAAUGUUUUGCUGCUCGAAUGACACGUUUUAAAAUUCACCAAUCUGCGCCGGUGUGUUAGAAGAGUGCUUUGUGUGUGAUUAAAUGUGUUGAGCGAAUACAUACAAUUUGUCGUACAUAAUCAGUGAUUUCUCGGUUCGGCUGUUGUUGCAAAGAAAAACUCGACGGAAAUACGUAAACUGGCCAGCACAAUUGUAGCAGUUACUUAAGAUUAACACUCCAUCAUGCCAGUGAAUGCUAUCGGAGCGGAACAGCUGAGUGGAAUCGAGGAAGAGUCUGACAUCUACGAAGCCUUUGCGCCCCAUGUCGAUACCUCCAACAUUUCUGUGCUAACGGAUACACCGCCCGGAAAAAAGCCAAACUUGAAAUCGUUUCAAGACGUGCAAUCACUCAUUCAACAAGGAAAAAAACGAGAAGCAAAGAUAGUGUUAAGAGAAAACUCAUGGCCCACCAAUUCACCGAUUCGUUCACAGCUAUGGCCAGCUUUAUGCGCCCAACAUCACGUUGGAAAAACGAUGCUGGACGGAUUCUAUUGGGAUAUGGUGAAUCAGGUUUUCGGUACGACAGAAUUGCCCGAGAAACCUAUAAUGCUGCCACCGUUCGUCGAUUCAACACAUUGUCUGCCCUAUCAUUUGACACGGAAAGGUCGAGCGGUGGCUGAUCGAGUAGUAAGUGUGCUCGGUUACGCCUGUCCAGACAUUACGUACAGCCCUACGCUCUACCCUAUUACUUCCAUUUUGUUACACUUUAUGUCUGAGGAAGAAUGCUACCACUGUAUGGCCAGCCUUGUCGCCCCGAAGGAGAAAGUUUUUAUUACUCAAACAAAGUUACUUUAUGAGGUCACGUGGAAGACUGUGAUGCAAAUUGCCAAAAAACAUGCGAAAUCUGCUGUUAAUUACCUAUCGACAAUGUGCAACGGACAAAAGCCUGAAUCGAUCUUCAUGGAUUGGUGCUGGUGGAUAUUAGGUGGAUUACCUUUCCCGCAUCUUGUACGAGUAAUGGAUUGCUUUUUCCACGAGGGAAUUAAGGUUUUCUAUCGCGUAUCGUUGGCUAUAUUGAUACUUUUUCACAAACACGUUACCAGCAGUAAUUCCGAGUGGGACACAGAUGCGAUAAAAAAUGACAUCGAUAAUGCCCUUCCAAAGUUCUGUAAAAAUAUACCAGUCUCACCGGCAAAGCUGCUCCGGACAGCUUUUAGUAUUAGAGCUCUUAGUUCUACGUACAUAUCUAGAGUUUUUUUGAAGACUGAAAUGUUACUAAAGAGUAAGUCAGUACUAAGUGGGCCGAAGCAAAUGGUAAGAUCACGUUCUAGCGAUAAUUUACCAACGAGUCAAUCCCAGAUCAACGUACAAAUGAUGUCUCACACCUUAACGAUUCGGGAGGGGGCUCAUUCUCCUGACGUACGAGUCUUGUCCAUGGGAGUUUUUCCAAUUCAAGCAAUAAAGAGUAAAAUAUGUGAUCAGGACACACUGUUUACGCUCUGGUCUUGGCUACCAGUAAGAAUCACAAUGUAUCAACCCAUUCUACUGUAUACAACAGAAGAACAUGGAUGCUCUUUGACAACGUUUUACGUUAGAGUAGAACAACAUGAACCAACACUGUUAAUGAUUAAAACGUGUAAUAACGAAGUGUUUGGUGCUUACUGUUCGUCCCGAUGGUUUGAACGCAAUUUAAAAGACGAUCGUGGACAGCGUCAAGCUUACUUUGGCACGGGAGAAACGUUUCUGUUUUCACUUUAUCCCGAACGUGCCAAAUAUCCGUGGGUCGGAAUAGAGGGUGAUACGGGCUUGGGCCAUGCAUCUGAGCUAUUUAUGGCUGCUGACUCCAAGAUGAUUACUAUCGGCGGCGGAGAGGGGCAAGCUAUCUGGAUGGAUGAAAAUAUUCGUUUCGGCAAAACCGACCGGUGCCAAACAUUUAAUAACCCACCGCUUUGUGCUUCUGGCGAUUUUGAGAUACGUGUUUUGGAGGUGUACGGUUUUGUAGGAGCGUGAAUAACCUGCUGAAUUAUGUAUCGGUAAAGCUUGCGUUUAAUUCACAUUGAACACAUCCGUAUUAAUGUUUAGCCUAUGUUGAAGCUGAAACCAAAACAAAACUCGAUAUGCUGUUAGAUCUCGUUGAUUUCAUCAUUGUGUUCUUUGACUCUCAUGAAAUGAGAGCAAAAACUAGAAGUAAACUUUUGACAAAAAUGAAAAUUUCAGCAAAUUCAUCAAGCCUCAGCCAUUCAAGAAAAGAACGCAUUGUUGUAUGUAUAAUUUUGCCAUGUUCAUUAAAUACUCUGAAUAUUUGCAAAUCGUGCGGAUUGCAUAAGAUCACUACAAGUGAUUAUAUAUAUAUCACGUAUUUCAGCCCAAUCGUAAAGCUUAUUUGGACAAAAGCAAUUUCGAACAAAUAUAUGCAUUAUACAUGAUAAA